AUUUAUUCGCUAGAAGGACACUAUUAGGUCGAAUUGAUAUACCAUUCGAAAAGGUUCGUCGAGCAGACAAAGGGGAACCCCUUCCGGCUUUUCCACUGCCCGUGGGACAUUUGUUUAUCUUUUAGGGGUCAUUUUGUUAACUUUUAAUUUUAACUACCAAAUAGGCUCCCACUGCCCGUGGGACACUCCGUGUAAUUCUGUCCCACAAAGUUAUGCCCCUUUUAACUUACAAGCUGAAUUAGACUCGAAAUUAGGCUCCACGGAGUGCCUAGCAAAUCCAUGGCCAAUUUUUUAUGAACUAAAGCAAAUUUCCUAAAUUUUUAUUCAAUUUUGUAAAUAAAAUAUCAAAAAUAAGAGUCCGAUUCAUGCAUUAAACUACAAAAAAAUUAUUUAAUUUUAGAUACUAUAAAUUAAUUCUUAAAAAAUAAAUUAUUUGGAUUCACGCAAAUUAACUACAAAAAUAUUAAAAAAGAAAAUUUGUCGCUGCUUUAUUUUGUUGAAUAAAUAAAACUACAAAUAUCUAAUCUAUUUUGAUAGUCUUGGACUGAGCAAACUAAUUUGAAAAAGAAGAAAUAUUCCCGUAAUUAUGGACCAUCAUGCAUUGGUGGAGGAAUUGCCUGAAAUUGAAAAGUUAACCCCUCAAGAACGCAUUGCACUAGCUAGAGAACGCCGAGCUGAACAACUUAGACAAAAUGCUGCCCGAGAAGCUCAGUUGCCUAUGCCAGCACAGCGUCGGCCUCGGCUUCGAUUUACUCCAGAUGUUGCUUUACUUGAGGCUACAGUUAGGGGGGAUACACAAGAAGUUGAACGUCUUUUAAUGGAGGGAGUCAACGCUGAUUCGCACAAUGAGGAUGGAUUGACACCUUUACAUCAGUGUGCAAUCGAUAACAAUGAAAGAAUUGUUCGCCUUUUGCUAAGGUACGGGGCUUGUGUCAACGCCAAAGAUACGGAACUUUGGACACCUUUACAUGCAGCAGCAUGUUGUGCUUAUAUUGAUAUUGUUCGUUUACUUAUUGCACACAACGCAGAUUUACUAGCAGUAAAUGCAGAUGGAAAUAUGCCCUAUGAUAUUUGUGAUGAUGAGCAAACACUUGACCUUAUUGAGUCUGAAAUGGCUGCUAGAGGAAUUACACAGGAAAUGAUUGAUGAAAGGAGGCAACAGCCAGAAAGGGAAAUGUUGAAUGAUAUGAAAAUUUUACAUCAAAGAGGAUUACCUUUGGACCAAAGAAAUUCUAUUGAUAAAUCUACCUUUUUACACAUAGCAGCAGCUAAUGGUUAUUAUGAUGUUGCAGCUUUCCUUCUUCGUUGUAAUGUUUCUCCAGCUUUGAGAGAUAUCGAUUUGUGGCAACCCAUUCAUGCAGCUGCUUCUUGGAAUCAGCCAGACUUAAUUGAACUUUUGUGUGAAUAUGGAGCUGAUAUAAAUGCAAAAACUGGAGCGGGGGAAAGCCCUUUAGAAUUAACUGAAGACGAACCAACCCAACAAGUAAUUAGAACAAUAGCUCAAACAGAAGCUAGGAGGCGGCGAGGUCCAGGUGGUGGUUACUUUGGUGUUCGAGAUUCUCGACGACAAAGCAGAAAAAGAAAAAAAUUCGAAUCGCCCCAACAACCACCUUCAACAUUAGAAAACCCUUUCUCUGCUAGAGGUGCAAUUAGACGCCAAUCAUUACGAGAUCGAAGCGGGAUGUCUUUAGCUCGUUUGGAGGCGCAAAGAGAGGGUUCUGAUUUAAUUAGAAGUUAUAAUAGUAAAGAAGACCUUUCUUCGAAUCCGGCGGUUUGUUUUUGUGUUUUAAUGGAGUACACUGUACUUGCUGUCUCUGUGGCUAGGACAGGGUGCCCGAAACCCGGAAUUUUUCUUGUUUGGUAAUCUGCAAACUCUGUCCGUUAUUUUCCCCGACGCGUCCAAGACGAGUGUGUAAAAGUUCUACAACAUAUUCUAAAAGGAUUAGCAUUAGAUAGGAUCCCAAAAAUUGGUCCUUAACACGUUUCGAACGACGCAAAUCGACCCUAAAGUCAACCUUAUUUUGAUUUCCUAUUUUAGCCUUGGACGAAGGGAUGGGCCAGCGUGAGAAAAAAGUUGGCCUGGAUUUUGAAUUGUUUUCGAAAAAUUUUCUUGUCACGUUUCGGAUUAUGUGUCAAAAUAAAAGUCCGGAUUUUGGGUCCCGGCCUAUUCCCGACUUGGACCGCAAAUGUCUUGUUCUCAUUUUUAACAUUAAAUAUUUUUUAAGGAUGAUUCUU